UCAGCGUUGUUUCGUACCAUGUUCGCAUGUCAACCGCGGACACGAUCCUCGCCCUCCUGCAAGGAUGCAACAGCCUCCGGAGGCUCAAGACCAUCCAGGCACAGGUCUUCGUCCACGGCCUGCAAAGCAACCCCUCCAUCUCGGGCAAACUCCUCCACUUCUGCGCGGUCUCGGUCUCGGGUUGCUUGGCCUAUGCUCGGGUUCUCUUCGACCGCAUCGAAUGCCCACAGACCCACGAUUGGAGCUCCAUCAUCAGAGGCUUUGCCGUCGGCACGUCUCCUCUGGAGGCCCUUCUGUAUUACAAUGGCUUGCUUGGGUCUCCCUUUUCUUGCCCCGACAGCCAUUCUUUCUCGGUCGCUCUCAAGGCGUGUGAGAGAGUUGGGGAUGAAAAGAAGUGUGGAGAGAUUCACGGGACCGUGAUUCGAGCUGGGUAUGAGAUAGAUGUCAUGGUGUGCACGAACCUGAUGAGGUGUUAUGCGGGGAAUGGUCUGGUUGAGGUUGCGCGGAAGGUGUUUGAAGGUAUGUCUGAGAGGGACCUGGUUUCUUGGAAUUCCAUGAUCUCCUGUUACUCUGAGGCUGGUCUGCACCACGAGGCCUUGGGGUUGUACCGUCGGAUGGGGAAAGAGAAUAUGGAAGUCGAUGGCUUCACGUUGGUGGGAUUGCUCUCGUGCUGCGUUCAUGUGGGGGCGUUGAAUAUGGGAGUUGAAUUGCAUAGGAGAGCUAGUCGAGAGGGAAUUUUGGGGAACAUUUAUGUUGCAAAUGCUCUUAUCGACCUGUACGGGAAAUGUGGUGACUUGGCCGGAGCUCUUUCCGUCUUUAAUGGGAUGUCGACUCGGGAUGUUUUCACGUGGAACUCCAUGAUCACUGCAUAUGGAGUGAAUGGGUGUGCGGAUGAAGCUGUCUUAUUUUUCAGGCAGAUGUUGAGAGAAGGCACUCGGCCGAGCUCCAUCACAUUCCUGGGAUUGUUGUCGGGCUGUAGCCACCGAGGCCUGGUGGACAAGGGUGUUGAGUUUUUCCACAUGAUGAGCUCUAAGUUCAACUUAAAGCCAGAAAUAAAGCAUUAUGGAUGCAUGGUUGAUUUAUAUGGACGUGCUGGGAAGCUUGACAAGGCGCUAGAAAUCAUAGGAACCUCUCCUUUUCUGGUUGAUCCUGUCAUUUGGCGAACUCUUCUAGGUUCUUGCAAGAUCCACCAAAAUGCACGUAUAGGGGAGAUUGCCAUUAAGAAUCUGGUCCAGCUUGGAGCAUGUAAUGCCGGGGACUGUAUACUUCUUGCUACAAUAUAUGCUGAAUGCAAUGACAAGCGAGGUGUUGCAAGGAUGAGAAGGUUGAUCAAAAGCCAAGGAAUUAGGACGACUCCUGGUUGGAGCUGGAUUGAAAUUGGCAACCAGGUUCAUAGAUUUUUUGUGGAUGACCAAUCACAUCCUGAUCGAGCUGAAAUCUAUCGUAAGUUAGAAGAACUAAUUUACGAGGCCAGUUUGGCUGGUUAUGUGUAUAGUAAGUUUCAAGUGACCAUGCCUGACUUAAAAUGUGAAGGGCAUCUGGAGUCCUCCAGUAAGUAUCACAGCGAGAAACUGGCUGUUACUUUUGGAUUGGCGAGAACUCCUUCCGGAACUAACCUCCGGAUAGUGAAGAAUCUGAGGAUAUGCAGAGACUGCCACUCAUUUGCAAAGUUCGUCUCGCAAGCAUUUGAUCGAGAAAUUAUUGUAAGGGAUCGAGUUAGAUUUCACCAUUUCAGGGGUGGAGUAUGUUCCUGCAAGGAGUACUGGUGAAAACCGAACAUUGUUAUUGAUAACCCUUACUAUCAUAAUUGAAAAGAUAGCAAGUAUGGAAGAAGCUUAGGAGCAAGGACUACUCGAAAUCGCACCUACUUUUCCCAUCUUGGCU